UCCCUGAGGCUGAAUGAGGAGAAAAGGGCAGUACAUGGGUGGAGAGCCAGCUACAGCACUGAUCUGCAAUCACUACUUCCUUGUAUAACUCUUUCAGACACAAAUAAGAAAGCAGCACAGUAUGUAUGGACAAACUGUAUCUGGCAGGGCCGGAAAUCGGAGCAGAAUUCAGAACAAUUACCAGUCUCCAAGAAACGACAAAGAUGGGGAACAGCAGAACCUAGACCCUGAACAGGGUGAUGUAAAAGUACAGCCAGCUCCACCAGCUCCUCAAGAAUCCCAAACCUCAAGUCCCUGCCGAAUUAUUCAACCAGAUCCAUCAAAGAGAGAAAGACUUCUAAGAUUGGCAAGAAAAGAAGAAGAGGAAUAUGAGCGCUUCAAGGAAUCUAAAAGGCCUGGACCUAUACAUCUGCCCCCUACGAUACUGGGUGGGCAAACGCCAGAACCAGAAGUACGACGGCAGCAACAACGGAUACAAGCUCAGUCCAAGUAUCAAAAAAUGUUCAAGAGAGAUGAAUACAAAAGAAAGCAAAAGGAGGAGGAAGAGGCCCAGAUACAAGAGAUGAAAGACAUUCAGAGAAGAAAGGCUGAAAAGCUAGAGAAUAAAAGGCAACAAGAGGAUUUGGAGAGAAGACAAAGGUGGCAUGAAGACAGAUACAAGAGAAACAAUCACUUUUUGGAUCGAUUUCAACCUACAAACAAUACAAAUGACAGACGUUUCGGACAACUGAAUGAAUGGGCUACUAAUCAAGAACAAGAUGAGGACUGGAAGUCAGAACAAGCGCUGAAACGUUCUCAUAAAAUGGGAAAGAUCGAGGACCAGGCUGUUAAACAAGAGCGGACAAUGCAGAAGAUGAGAGAAAUGGAGAGUGAGGAUGAAUGGGAGCCAAACGGAGCUGUUAAUCAGGAACAAGAUGAGGACGACUUGAUGUUACAGCAAGCACUUAAAGAUUCACUCUUAACGCACAAAAUUGAGGAACAAAAUAGAUUACAGGAAAUUAAAAUGCCUCAACACAAGCAGUAUACACAAGAUCCAGAAAAGAAUCUCAGGAACAUGGAGAAAAAAAACAACAACUUAUCUUUCACGGAAAAUAUUAGUUAUAAGUCAAAGCAUCAGACUUACAGACAACAGCAAAAGGAAGAAGAGGAAAGAAAACUGAAAGAGAUGAAAGCAGAGCAGCUCAAAAAGGCUGAAGCACUCAAGCAGCAUCAAGAGCAAAGUACACUUUCUCAAGAAGAGGAACGCAGGAGAGUGAACAAUGCUUUCCUGGAUAGACUUCAAAGGCAAAACACUAGCCAAAAUGAAUAUUCUGGAGAGUCAAACACAUGGGCUUAGAGUUCACUCAAGAAGUGAUGUCCACCUACAGCCAUGCAAAGUUGAUUUCUAUAAGAAAUUCUAAAAGGAUUCACAGAAAAGAAAACGAUCAGUACUUUCAGCUUUCAGCUUACUAUAAUUAGGAACGAUGGGUUGUGUGAGCAAUUGUGUCAGUCAUCUUGUACUGUAUAUUCAUGUUUAAAUCACUCAUGAGAGUAACUAUAGCCAGAUAAGCCAUAGCACUUGCUAUGGGGCCCAGAGGAUGGGGGGCUCUACCAGGUCCAAGAACAGUGUACCCUUUUGUGGUUAGUAACAAUACAGUGCAUUUUGCUAUAAUGUGGUUUUUAUGAUACAUGGUGCUAUUACUGUAGGCUACUUACAGUAUGCUUAUUUAAAUUUUCUUAUACUAUGUGGUGGAGAUCCUAUCCUAUUUUGCUCUGGGGCUCUAUGAAUUUUAGUUACGCCCCUGAAAUCACUCUCAGUAGUAUCUAGUCAUUGGUCUGUAAAGUUUAAUUUCUCCAAAUGUUGUGAAGUGUACAUGUAUAGAAAAGAGCCAUAAUACCCCGGUACAUAAUGCUUAUAAUAAAUCUGAGAAACUAUACUAAUAAUAUACACUACCACUUGCUUUAACAUUAAUAACAGGCAAACAGGUUUAAUCUGUAUUGUGCCUGUGCUGCUUCUUCACAGAACUGUUUAAUGGUACUACCUAAAGGCUCAUGCACACGGCCGUUGCGGGUCCACAAUACACGGGUCACCGGCCGUGUGCACCCCGCAUCACAGAUGCGGAAGCAUUCACUUGAA